GUUAUUUAAACUUGAAUCAAAAGGAGGAGAAGAAGGAACGUGUUUUCUCAGACGGGACAGCGUUGCCUAUAGCAGCUAUAGGCGGAGGAUUCGCGCUACUUCAUGCGUGGCUUUUUUGUUUAUUCUUCCUUGUUUAGCUCGUUCGAUCGAUCUGUCCGUCUUCAUCGACUAAAACAUGACCCAGACCGUGACACUAAAGGGACCCUCACCGUGGGGCUUUCGGCUGGUGGGAGGACGGGACUUCAGCACGCCGUUAACCGUCUCCAGGGUGACUCCAGGCAGCAAGGCAGCCCAAGGUGACCUGUGUCCGGGCGACACCAUCCUGGCGAUCAAUGGCGACAACACAGAGCUCAUGACGCACAUGGAGGCUCAGAACCGGAUCAAAACCUGCACUCAGCAGCUGACGCUCAACAUCAGCAGGUCGGGAUCAGGAGACAGAGUGUGGUCGCCAAUGGUUAGUGAAGAAGGCAAGACAAGCCCUUACAUGGAGCCUGACUCACAGAAUUUCCGUCCCAUCACCAGCGGAUAUGGCGGUUCCAGUCGCAAACCUUCGUAUACCCCUGAACCCCAGUCCCCCCAGGGUCUCCAGUACCAGCAGACACCCAAGUCCCCCCAGGGUCUCCAGUACCCGCAAACACCCCAGUCCCCCCAGGGUCUCCAGUACCAGCAGACACCCCAGUCCCCCCAGGGUCUCCAGUACCCACAGACACCCCAGUCGCCCCAGGGUCUCCAGUACCCGCAGACACCCCAGUCGCCCCAGGGUCUCCAGUACCAGCAGACACCCCAGUCCCCCCAGGGUCUCCAGUACCAGCAGACACCCCAGCCCACUCACCUGAAUAACGGACACUCCAGACCCAACAACGGCCACAGCUACGGUUACGGGAACGGCAACGGGCACGCUCAGUACAACAACCCAGCAGGACUUUAUCACAACGGCAGCAAUGGAGACCGAUCUCUGCCGAGCAAGAUGGGAGGCCUCAGCCUCAGCGCCACUCAUAGCCCAGAGUCUCCCACACAGUCCCCUGGGGGUCGUAAUGGAUUCGACCCACAUUCAGACGUCUACAAGAUGCUGCAGGACUACGAGGUGCCCGUCUCUGCACCCAAACAGUCCGGCUCCUUCAAAUACCUCCAGGGAAUCCUUGAGGCGGAGGAUGGAGGUGUGUCCCCAACAGACAGAAUGAGAAACUUAAAGUCUCCGGUCAGGUCUCCAAUCCCCAAACUGGGAAGCCCCAUCCCUAGCCCCAUGUCUGGUCUUCAGAAGCUACCCCAGUGCACACGCUGCUGUAAUGGCAUUGUCGGCACCAUCGUGAAGGCCAGGGACAAGCUCUACCACCCCGAGUGCUUCACGUGCGACGACUGUGGCGUCAACCUUAAGCAGAGAGGCUACUUCUUCAUCGAGGACAAUCUGUACUGUGAGACCCACGCUAUGGCCCGCGUCCAGCCCCCAGAGGGCUACGACGUCGUGGCCGUUUACCCCAACUCCAAGGUGGAGCUGGUCUGAGUCGGAGCUGAUUAUACUGUAACACAACUAUACAAAUAUGGGAGAACAUAGCGAACAUUCAUCAGGCUCUUGUCGGGCAGGAAUGCCGAUCUUGGAUCAGCCUUUGAGAGAAUCCUAUGAAAUGUGUGUCGAUGAUCCGAGAUCAGCAUUGCUGCACUGACAGUCUUGAUAAAUGCUACGUGUAUUGAUGCAUAUUGUAAUAUAUUGACAGAAUCUGGAUCUGAUGAGUUUCCCACAAGCGCAUUAUUACCAGAAUAUUCAUUAUUCAAAACAGGAAAUGCAGGGAUGGCAAACGUCUGCAGAUAAUAUAAUGAGAUGUUUAUGUAGUUACUCCAGCUAUCUGCUUUUAUAACAACCAGCACGAGUUCUCUACCAGCAUAAUACUCCAUAGAACUCCAGACAAAGUGCCACUUUCAAGACGUGCAAAAGUAUCUUAGAUUGACAAACAUCACGUGUGUGAUUCACGGCACAAUUCAAACGGGAUAAAAAAAUAAUCGCCAUUGAC